AUGCAGGCCCUCAGCAACAUAUGCAGAGGUACGCUGGUGGACAAGGGCGGCGACCUGAUGGCGGAGCUGCAGGCCUCAGGGUUCAAAGAAGCGAAAGUCCAGGAGUUGAUCUUUCCCAAGAACAUCCAGAAGCUCGACUUCCUCACGGAGUUGAACUGCAGCGAGAACCUGUUCAUCGAGCUGCCGCCUGAGAUUGGCUUCUUGACCAACUUGGAGAAGCUUGAUCUUAGCGAUAACAAGCUCAAGAGCCUGCCUCCUACCAUCCAGCACAUGACCAACCUCGUCAGACUCCACCUGUACAAGAACGACCUGGCGGUGCUCCCGGAUGAAAUCGCGAGUCUAAAGAAGCUUCAGGAACUGAACGUGUUCAACAACAAGGUCAUCAAGAUCCCUGCUGUCCUUGGGGAGCUCUCGUCCCUAAGGGAAGUCAACUUCGCCGACAACAAGCUGAAGACCAUCCCUCCUCUCGACGGGAAUGCUUUGGACGUGCUACCCGAAUUUGGAAACUUCAAAGACCUUGACGAGCUGAUACUCACGAAGAACUGGCUGUCAAAUAAGCUGGAGUCGCUGGAGGUGUUGGAAGUGAAUCAGAACCUUCUCAAGACGGUCCCGGCGUCUGUAGGGAACUUGCAGAUGCUAUGGAAGCUCAUGCUUGCCUCCAACAAAAUCGAUCACGUUCCUCCCGAAGUGUUUACAAUCAAGCUCAAGACAAUCGACCUUUCCUCCAAUAUCCUCGAAGAGUUCCCUUCUGGGCUCGAGAACUGCAGCAACUUACAAAAUCUCAUGGUCGCCAACAAUCAGGUCCGCGAGCACAGGGCAGGACAAGAGCAUGUGACGCUGCCCGCUGCUCACUGCCGCACACAGGGCAACCCCAUCACCUGGGAUGGGACGGUAGGUCAGAAGAACGUGGUGCUGCAGCAGGAGCUGAUCGCCAAGUUCUCCGCCAUUCCAUCCUCCAAGUUUUUGCCUGCAUCGCAAUAA